UUUCUCUAUCCUUAUUCAAAUAUAAUAGAAAGCAGCGAUGAUGUAUUACUUUAUUCUGUAAAGCUACCAAACCGGAAACCAAAAACAUAACAUUGUCUGAAUGGACCUUAGAGGAAUGGACUGCUAUUGAAAUCAAUUUCAUCUGUUUCGAAUCUAAUGUAUACUUACCAGGUCUAUUUCCAUACUCGGGAUCUAAUGAUACCUUUAAAUUGAAAAACGGAAGUGCGUCACCAAGCUGCUGCUAGUAACUCAUAGUGCGCACGCCCCGGAAAUCUCACGGAGUGUCCGACACUGCCUAAGAUCGACGCGCCACGAUAGUCGUAAUAAUUUCGGGCAGUUUGUGCCCCGUUUUUACUCCAUUAUGGACUCGUUAGCGAAUUACGGUAGUGACGGGGACAACAGUAAUAAUUCUGAAGACAUAAAGAUAUAUGGGAUAGAAGGUGACACCGAAGCGAAUAAGGCCUGCGAUGCUAACUACGACCCAGUACAAAUGGACAUGAGUGAGGAAAGCAACAACAACAAUUCGUCCAGAGAAUCGAGCAUCGAAGGAGCGCACAGCCCGGUGACACAGUCGAGGACAGAUUCAUCCCGAACAUUAACUUCUCCCUCAGACCAGAGGCGAUCUGAUCAUGAGAAUCAUACAGCAAACUCGAAAGACGAACACAAACGAGGAGACAGAUCUGACCGUAACAGACACAUGAGCGACAAGGGCCGUCGUUCGUCCUACGAUGACAGGAGACAAAGAGAGAGCAGUCACAGAUCGGACAGAGAUCUAAGGAGAAGUCGAGACGAUGAGAAAAAAUCGCGUGACGAUGAUAAGAAGAAGGAGAGGAGUUCGUUGGGAGCGAGCAGGGAUGAGAAGAGCGAUGAGAAGGAGAAAAUUGAUAAAGAUCAUCAUUACCGCGAGGAUCGAAGGGAUAGAAACCGUGACAGAAAUGAGAGGGACAGGCGCAGGGACAGGGACAGGGACCGAGAUCGCCGCCACUCUAGGGACGACAGAUCGAAGGAUCGCUACAGGGACGAGCGAACUAGUUACCACAAAGAAAAGGAUCGGACGAGGUCCAGAUCGCGAUCAAGAGAUCGCGCACCGCCGCCUUUCCGAACAAUGAGCUACAGGGAAGAGAAGGGCAGGAACAAAUUGGCACAAUUGGAGAAGCUGGGGAUCGAACUUAAAGCCCCAGAGGGUGACGCUGCGACCCCGGGCAUUCAAAAUGAACAAAAUUACUACAACCCGUUGGCCACGGCGACGCAGGGAAAAUACGCGGAGCAAAUACAGAAGAGGAAACUUUUAUGGGCAAACAAGUCGAAACCAGAUGAAGGCAGAACGUCCACGACAGCCUCUACCGCGAAUACUUGGGUAGGGACGACUUUUACACAUGACCAAGAUGGAAAAGUAACUGCGAAAUUCAAGCGAUUGAUGGGUAUUAAAGACGAUUUGCCCGCUACUCCCGCGGCGGGUGCCAAACCAGAUAUAUUAAAGAAACAGGAAGAGAUGUUCAACAAUAUGGAACAACAGUAUGAAGUAGCACGUGCUACCACGCACACGCAACGUGGCGUUGGACUUGGCUAUGCCACGGGAGGCUAUCAGUUUCCUCGAUAAAACAUGAUCAAAAUGUAUGAAUGAUAAAAGUUUACGUUUACUGAUGACACGUGCAACGUGGAAUCUUUUCUGUUGACAUCUAAUGCAACUUCGUCGGGUCGAUUGCAAUACAGAGUUUUCAUUUCGAAGUUGUUAUAAAUAGUGACCGUAGAACAGUUCUUACGCUUGCAACGCCAAUAUCCAAAAGGAUCUUUGUGAGAAUAAUGUAAUUAUAUUCCAAGCACGGAAAAGAGAGAAGAAAUAAUUUUAUUAAGUCUCUGGAAGAGGAACUCUGUACUUGUUUUCGACUUGACAGCAAUCUGCCUUUAAUUAUCUUUUGGUUCCUGGGCGAGAGAACUGAUUAACAGUCUUUUUAUGCUAAAUAUAAUUUCAUUCUAUCAAUACAGUUGCAUAGUAUGUAUAAAUACAUGGAACGUACAGUGACACACAGGUACAGUGUUUGUCUUCUUUUUUCAAAUAAACAUUUUCAAACGAU